UGACAGCAUGCUCCAAUAACAUGUGAAAAGAAGAUGGUCGGUUGCGAUUGCUUGUUUGGUAGGAAAGAUGCGGCUGCGGCUUCCGUCCCUCGUAGAUCUCAGGUGAUGCAACCAUUCGUCUGCCACGACUUUGCCCGAUUCUUCGACAUUCAGGCAUCCUCUUGUUUGUAACUUUUUACUUUCUAUUGCAACUUCCACUUCACGCAUCAAUCCUACAAUCAUGAACACUGUCAGAUCUGUCGGCUACGGCUGGGGUGUCCUCAUCGUCGCAGGUGGCGGCGCAUACUACUUCGCCAAGAAGAGCAUCAACGCAGAUCGUGCCGAGCGCGCAGAAGCAGACAACAAGAGACGCAUGCAAAUGCGCGAACUCCAAAACAGAUACCCCGUCCCUGCCCAGAAGGAAGACAGCCACGCAAACCCGAGUAAAGAGGCCACCGAAGACAUGUCUCCCGCCUCUGGUCACGCCGCAGAGAGCGGAGGUCAGAGUCCAUUCGAGAGCUCCGCGCCAUACAGGAGCAAGAAGGGCGAUCGCUUCAGCUGAACAUGUCAUCAAAGAAAGAGUUGUACUAUAAAGCAUCGUCAUGGAGUUCAUUUGGCACUUUCUUCUAUUGCUGCGCAUAAAGCGCAAACCGCUGUCCUACUAAGGGAUGCGUUUCCUGUUUCCUGGAUAUCAUGAAUAACAACAACACCGACCAUUCUCCUCUCUCAAUACGAAUGUCCUUGCGAAAGGUUCAUCUGUUGCAAACGCCCUGUUCCAUGCAAAGCCAUACCAGGCUGUUCCCAGA